AUGGCGGAAUACGCAGAGUACCGUCAAAAUAACAUGGAUAAUGUUUUAAAUUAUAACUACGGUGUCGAGUUAUUCCCUGGUUCCAGUCAUAACCCAGUCAUCAAAAAAAAUACUCGAGAAGAAGCUUUGAUUAAAUUAAAAAAGUUGUUGAGGAUUAAUGGAUUUGCUUUUCUAGCCGAAAAUAAUAAAGAAGCAUUUAUAAUGAUGUUCUUGUAUGCACGGAAAAUGAAUGAGAAUAAUGCAUUGGGUUUGAUUCAAAAUUAUUAUCAAUUUAGAAGGGAACACGAUCUGUGGUUUCGUCGAUUGGAACCUUUUGAUCCAAAAAUUCAAAUGGCUAUUCAAGAUGGUUUCCCUUCUGUACUGUCAAAUCUGGAUAGGCGAAGCCGUCGUGUUCUUUUUAUGGUUUGCUCCCAAUGGAACACUGAACGUUACUGUUUACUGACUAUAUACAGAGCAUUAUUAGUAUCUCUAGAACAUUUGAUCCAAGAUGUGAAUACUCAGUAUAACGGUUUUGUAUUUAUUGUUGAUUGGACCAAUUUUACUGCUCGCCAGACAAUGAACAUCAGUCCGAGAUUGUUACAUGUAAUGCUACAAGGAUUACAAGAUUGUUUUCCUGCAAAAAUUAAAGCUGUUCAUUUUAUCAACCAACCGUGGUAUAUUGAUGGCCUAAUGUCCGUCGUUAAACCAUUUUUAAAAGAGAAAACAAAAAAUAAAAUAAUUUUGCAUGGUUUGAAUUUGAAUACCCUACAUGAAUACUUUCCAAGAGAUAUUCUUCCUUCAGAACUAGGUGGCGAACAACCUCCAUAUGAUUCAAGGACUUGGUUAAAAAGUCUUUUGGGGUCUUCUUUGGGAGUUGAUUUAUAA